AUGAUACAAACUAAAAGUUCGUGGACUCCAUUGGUGAACAAAGACGCAAAUAAAACGCUUUUUGAAGAACGAAAAAAUCUUAUUUUAGCUUGGUUUGCAAAAUGGUCAGAAAGUCAAAGAAAGGAGUUAAUGACGAAACUUUUCGAGUUAUGCACUCAGAAACAACUUGAGUCACUUUUUCACAAUAUAGAAAAUAAAAUUCCUUUAUACCAAAUAGAUUUUACUAGAAUACUACCAAGAGUUCUAUGCAUUUAUCUGUUUUCUUUUCUGGAUCCUAGAAGUCUCUGUCGCUGUGCACAGGUAUCAUGGUAUUGGAGAUAUCUAGCUGAAUCAAAUGAAUUAUGGGCAUCGAAGUGUUUAAGAUAUGGAUGGGAUUUAAUCGCUUCACAUAGUCAAUGGGAACCUGGAAUUUGGAAGAAGCAUUAUAUUCAAAACAUACGUUAUCUUCAGUUUCAUAUUUCAGAGAAGUCAAUCAAUAAAGAAAAUGGUGAUACAAGAGAAAGAUGUUCAGAAGAACUAUUCAAUAAAAGAUGUCAUACAUUGAAUUUUGUAAAUAAUCAUCAGGAUCCUUAUGAGAACAAUAAUAUUGAUACUACUAUUAAUACUACUACUACGGCUAUUAGUAGUAGUAGUACCAGUAGUAACCAUGGUGAUUAUGAUAAAACACAGGAUAUAAAUAGAAACUAUAAAAUGAUUCAAUUAACUGAUACAUCUAAAUUAAUACCAUGGCGUGCACCAAGUCGUAAACCAUCGGAUACUCAUCGUUUUAAUUAUUUUGAUAAUAAUGAAACAAUCAAGUUAAAAUCUUCUAAAAAUGAAUUUCAAUAUCGGUUCAGUAAUAGUGCUGGGUCAACAAGAAAGAAGUACUCAUUAUCAUCAUCAUCACCACCGCAAAUUGAUGGUAUUUACAGUAAUGGUAUUAAUGGUAAUGUUCAUAAUCUGUUUAAGCAUGAAACAAUACAGAAAUCAACAUGUCCUAAUAUUUCAAUGUUCACAAGUCAUCAUAAUUCAAUCACAUUACCUUGGAAACCCACAUCUACAUAUCCGUCUGGAGCAUAUUAUCUUAAUACAGAAAAAACGCAACCACUACAAUAUAGUAUGAUUAAAAAAUAUUUUAAUCCUAAUUCUAACUUUAAAAAUAGUUCAAAAUAUAAUAAAAUUGAGAAUAAUGAACCGCCAAAUCAUAAACUACAUUUGAACAACUCAAAAUUGAAUGGAUCAAAUAAACAACUGGAUCAUGAAAUCGACAUGAUCAGUUUUUCAGAUAAUAAACAAACCUGUGGAAAAUCAACGGUUUUGGAAGAAUUGAAUUCUCAAUAG